GGUGUGCCCGGCCCCGCCCGCCGCGCCCCUCCCCGCCGCGCGCCUCCCGCCGCCGCCAGUGCCCGGGCGCGCCGCGCUCGCUGCUCGGGGAAUUCUCCCGGUCGCGCCCGCCUGCCACGGGCAUCUGCCGGCGCCUCUCCGGGCCCCACGCAAAACUUUUGCCCCGCCGUUGGCCCUUGGGCGCUCGCUGAGCACCGGGAGUCAAAGUUCCCCGAACCGCGAGGGCGCGCGGGUGCCGGGGCCACCAUGUGCACCAACAUAGUUUACGAGUGGCUGAAAGCGCUGCAGCUCCCGCAGUAUGCGGAGUCCUUCGUGGAUAACGGCUACGACGACCUGGAGGUGUGCAAGCAGAUCGGGGACCCGGACCUGGACGCCAUCGGGGUGCUGGCGCCCGCGCACCGCCGCCGCAUCCUGGAGGCCGUGCGCCGGCUGCGGGAGCAGGACGCCGCGGCCGCCGGCCUCUACUUCACGCUCGAGCCGCAGCCGCCCGCCGUGCCCAGUGGCCGCCGGGGGGAGCCGUGCGGGGGCCCGGUGGAGCACGCACCCCGCGGGGACCCCCGCGCCCAGACCCCCGCCGCCCCGCGCGCCAGGGAGUUGGUGAGCUACCCCAAGCUGAAGCUGAAGAUCAUGAUCAGGGAUAAGCUGGCCCGCGACGGCAUCCACUUGAGCAAGCCCCCGUACUCCCGCAAGGUCCCAAUGGCUGGCAUCCUAGAGUACUUAAUGAAUUGGCCGAAGUCAUCACAGAACCGCUAGAUAUCAUUUUUGAGAACUCGUGGAGGACUGAUGAGGUGCCUUGAAGACUGGAAAAGGGCAUAUUUAGAAUCUUCUUUCAAAAGGGGAAAUGGAUGAUGACCCUGGAAAUACUCAUCAGCUUAACUUUUUGCUUGGAAAAAUCUGGAAUAAUCAACUUAGUGAACUUGGUAACUACCACACACCAGCUAGAUGUGAGGCAGUGAAGAUGUACUGAGUUCUUUUUUAAAAGACAAAUCAUUAUGAAAUCCAGUCAUGUGUAUUUGGUGAUUCUUCCUUUUAUUCAACAAAUUAUUUUUUUAAUUAAAAAAUUUUUUUUUUGACUUUUGAAUCACACCUGGAUGUGCUUAGGGAUCACUCCUGCUGGGCUCAGGGGACCAUAUGGGGUGCCAGGGAUCAAACCUGGGUCAGCAUGUACAAGGCAAAUGUCUUAUCUUUGUACUAUCUCUCCGGCCCCUCAUUGUAUAAAUUCUUGAAGAAAGUUAAUGAGAUGGACUCAGACAUAUGGGUUUUUACUACUUUCAAGUGUCAUAAAUUAAAAAAAAUAGGUUUCUGGCAUUGGCCAGUAAUUACAUUCCUUCCAAGUUACCCUUUAACUUGAGAGCGGUAGUUUUAGUUCUUUAUUUUAAGAUUUUUUUCAUGUUAGACAGGAAUAGUUUGAUAUAUAUGAUGUACUUCUAUAGAGACUAAUUUGGUGUGGGGAUUUUUAAGGCACUUUCUAUAGUAAUAGGUAAUAUUUAAUAUUCUAUAGUAAUAGUAAUAAUGUAGAAUAAUGCUUUCUACAUUAUUUUAUAUGUAAUCAUGAAGCUGGAUUGAGGACCAUCACUAAGGGGAGACAGUUUUUUCUAACUUCUUUUCAAAAAUUUCCUCUGACUGGAGUUUAGUGUGAGGGCUAGUAAGAUAUCUUGCUGUUAUAUCCACAGAGUUCAAGUCUUCUGUGUCAUGUCAGAACUGAUUUUCUUCACCUCCUGGACACUGGUAGGUUGGAGCAGGACAAAAAGGCCCCUCAGGACUACAGGCAGAAAUCAAGGGUACAAUGAGAUAGCUGGGAGAUGAGAUGAAUCUGGAAUUUUCUUUCUCAUUCUUGCAUCUUGCCUUUGGAUAUUGGUAGGGGUUAUUUUCUGCUUGGAAAGUUCAGCUGUGUUGGUGACACAACAAUCAUGGUUAAAGUGAGGUCAUAAGCAUCAGAUAACUGGGAGGGGGGCCUCGGGGAGAGGCAGCUGAGCAAUACUGUACUGCAGUGUUUCUCUGUAUUAUUGGAAGUCCUUAGAGCGAACAUUUAUAUCAGCAUGGUAAUGCCCAGGAGUAAAUUCUCAAAGGAAAAUAAAUUUGCAUUAAUUUCUUCUUGGUACAUAUUGCUCCCUAGAAAUGGGUAGGCAAUGAAGGUCUCUAAGGGUAAUUGAUCCCAAAAGUGCUCCAGAAAUUUAAAAGUUCCAUGGUUAGCAAUUUCUAAAGAUUGAUUUAGAUGCUAGGUAAAAGCAUUCUUAUAUUUAGAUACAAAUGGAAGGAAAUUAAGUUCUGCAGUGUAUAAAAGUUAGUUCUUAAGUAUUAUACUACAAACUAAUUAUUUUUAUUUUCAAAAACUAGACUUUAAAUUUUCCAAGCUAGAUUAUCUUUGGGGGGCGCGGGUCUGUAUAGAUUACAGAUAUAAUUGAUUGUGAUAAUAAUUGGCUUCCUGUUUGAGACCUCAUUUUCAGGUGCAACAUCUGUGGCAGAUUUGUUUUCCAGAUGUCCAUUUGCAUGCGUUUGUUGAACUGUUGCAGGAAAAGACCCACUUUCUCAAAAUUCUAUAAUGAUUACUGUGAACAUGUGAUUUUGUCAACUACAAUCCAAAGGGGGGCUUUAUGAUCAUUUUGGGUUUUAUUUUCUAUUUUGUUUAAUGUUGUUAUGCCACAUUUGAUGUUUUUGUCAGCUUUUGGAAUUUAGAAAUAACAAGGUAGACCCAAAUUAAGUCAUAAUACUCUAAAAUCAUACUCUGGAAUGAUGAGGUUUCAAAGAUGUUUUACCUAAAAUUAGAGGAAGACAACUUUCAAGUAAGCAGUGAAGUAUUGAAAGAAGUCGAUUAAUUCUUUGGCAUUAAAUUUAGAUAAGGGGAGAGAACAGAAGAGACAGAAAAUAGUCUUGGUAUGAAUUGUAUCUGGAGAUAAUUACUCUGCAGAAGAGUAAUUUUUCCAAAGUGCUUUUUCUUCAUAUCUAAACAUUCACAGUCUCCUUAAUUUUUCAGAUAUAGGAAAAGGGUGAGGGGUAAAAUUGCCAUCAGAAUGAAAGAAUUAUCUAUAUACCUGUAGAUAAUAAUACUGAAUUAAAGGUUUGAAAGUUAGUAAGAACAUAGAUCAUUAUCACAAGAAAAGAAACGUUUUUGUGCAGGAUGGAUGCUGACAAGACAUAUGGUGGGAAUCCUUUCCCAGUGCAUACAAACACAGAAUCAUUAUGUGGCACAUUUGAAAUCCAUAUAAUUAAAAAACAUCAGAGGAUUAGCUUGAUUUGUUUAUCCUAGAACAUCCCAACAUAUUAAUUAUAUGUUACUAUAAUAAUUACUAUUAUGUUAAUUAUAUAAUAAUUACUAUUAUAUUAAUUAAUAAUAAUAUUAAUUAUAUUCUUCAUAAUAUUGAAGGAUUUAGGAGGAUCAUAGCAAAUUUUUUUCUAAUUUAUCUUGAAGUUGAGGUGGGGUUGAGAAAAGAAAUAUUUUAUGUAAAUAUUUCUUGGCAUAUGGAAGGCAUUGUUGUAGGGACUGCUUUCUCCCCAAAGGAAGUACAACAGUAAAGAACAGCUCUACUUAGGCAAUUUCUCAAUCCAGAGACAUUUUCAGAUUCUUGUGAAAUUCAUAACAAAACCCAGAAGCACUGAGUUUUACCUUAGAAUUACUCAGAUCUUAGUUCAUAUUCUAGAAGCGUACUAAUAGUCCUUUCCUGUAGUAAAUUUGUUAGGAACAUAAGCUAAAAUGUGGUAAAAAAUUAUCUUGUGUAAUUAUUAACCUCUUCUAAACAUUUUCCCCUUGUCCAUAAAUUGGGACAAAUGGAUACCUCCUAGAGUUCUUAAGAGACUCAAUCCCACAUCAGCACAAAAUUCUAGGUUUAAUGCUUUCACAUAGUAGACACUAAGUAUUUCCCUUUUACCUUACCCAAGUAUUAAAUGUUUAUGAGUUAAAUGAAAAGAAUACGAUCCUUUAAAACAAUGUGCAAGUUCCUCAGACUGAUCUCUUCGAGUCUGGGAAAAUUAUCACAUAGUCACAUAAGAUAUUGAUUUAACUUUCUUUCUUAAUAAUGGCUCUAGGUUUGUAACUUUCAUGUAUAAAUUACUGCUUAGCCAAUGAUGUGCUUUUUUACCCCUUACCUUUAUAACAGUAAUGUAUGAAUUUGGAGUGUAGAAGGCCAUUUCCCCAUAGCGACUCCUGGGAUGAAUCCAGCUGAGGCAUGGCACAGUUGACGGUGGAUCAGCAAACUCUUCUCUCAAUGCAGAGAAAGCAGAUGUGCAGUGACUUGGGAAGCACUUGCCAGAAAGCUGAGAUGAGCAUGUCUGGAUUUUUCCAUGUGACAGAUCUAAGUGUGGAAAACAGAUCUCUUACCUGAUGGGCAUUUGGAGAAUAACAAAGAAUAAAGAUGAAGGAAAAUUGUGUUCUUUGACAGAAUAUGUGGUUGAUAUACCUUUUCUUCUUCCCCACAUAUAAUGCCUAAUUAGAUCUGAAAAUCUAUUUGGGCAGGUGAGAGAUUUCUGAAUUCAGUCUGUGUGAAUAAAAAAGUUCUGUCCAUGACCUCGUAGGAGAGUAGCUCCAACCCAAUCUUGACAAGUCUAGUUCUCGCUUCAGAACAAACAGGGAAUUCAGGGAAUUUUAAGACAAAAGCAGCAGGCACUUGAGCUUAGAAUAAAGCCAUCAUAGAUGCUUUAUUAAAUUAAACCACCUCAGUUGUGCAGAGAAAAGCAAAUGAGUUAGGAUUUCUCUUUCAGAAUUUUCUAAUUUCAUUCUUAUUAGCAGCCUCAAUGGUCACCAAUUAAAUAUUCCUCUAUCAGAUGUUUUUACACUAACAGAUUCUUAGAUGAGAAAUCCUUGAGCUUUCUAUGAUUACUGUUUAAUAGGAGAAAAUCAAAUAGCUUUCUACAACAUGACCAUUACUAUUUCCACACAUUCCAUAAAAUGCAAAAAGAAAAUAGCAGUAUAGAAUGGUAGUUCAACAAAUAGCGUAACUUUUAAAAAGCUUAUCAAGAUAGAUACUUUCUUUGAACCCAUUUGAGCACCCAGCAAUUAAAUUGUUUUUCUUAUAAUUGCUGUUGAAAAUAACUUUAGAGGUAACUGAGAAGUUAAGUUCUAUGUUAAGAGUGAGGGUGAGGUGGUUUUUUUUUUUAUUUAUUUUUUCUUCUUCUGACAAUUUGCUCAAGAUUUCUUCCCUGAAACAAAAGGAAGUCAAUUUUUCCAUAUUAUUUAAAAAGAGAAAUGUCUUUUAUGCAUGUCUUCUGUAUUAUGCAUUUUGUCAGAUGACUAUUCCCUUAUUAUUUCAGAAAUAAAUGCUGUAUUGAAUAGCUCAAGGGCAAAGUGUUCUAUUGAUUGCGGGGAAAAGCUAGAAAUUGUCUUGUUCAUUGCAGUUGUUCUUUUCUAACGCUUCAUAAUAUUCUGAGGUAGACUACUUGGGUUCCUAAGGCUAUUGUUCAUUGAAAAAUUUUUCUCAUACAUGUGUGCUUGGGCCUGAAUAAUCAGCACGAACAAGUGUAUGUCUAAUCAGGUGUGGAUUCAUUCUAAAAGGAAGCCCUAGUUUGGCUGUGUAACUCCCAGGCCUCUGCACAUGCCUUUUGGUCAUUCUUUCUAGAAGGGACUCUGAGAUGGCGUGAUGAAGAUGGAACAGACUUCUGAACGUGGGUCUGCGCUGGGCCUAGGGCCCUGUUUGCAAGCGUCUGUCUGCUUUUCAAUAAAUGUUAUGGUUUUCACAGCA